AUGACGAUGGCUCGUUGCGGCUGUGACGGGACUAUUCGCGUCGACCGACACACCUUGUGUGUUCGUGAAUGUGUGUCAUACGUGGUGGAUCCAGAAGGAGAAAACGAUGUUGUUCUCGGUUGCGGCAGAAGGCGGAAGAUCUUGUGGCAGGUAGCCUCGGCCGGGUGGGGGAAGAGUUUUGAUGGCAGCAGCGGACGUCUAUGGCCGGCGGUGGUCGCGGUCGCCGGCGAUGAGUACGGGCCGGUGGUUGGUGACUGCGAGAGGCGUCUGAACUCGGUGGUUGUCUGUGCAUGGAGAGAGAGAAAGUGGAGUGGGAUGGUGGUGGCGGGAAUUCUCCGGCGGAUCGGUGCGUCACUCCGGAGGAAUAAGAAUAUGUGGUCAGAAUAUGGUAGGGCGGAAGAAGAAGACGAAGGAAGUCGGACAAUUUUCCGGCGUGACAUCAGCGACAUAAGAUUUUCGGCAGCGGCGGACAAAAUGUUGGGCGGUAAGACGGCGGCGGCGGCGCCCGAGGCGGCGGACGGAAGCUAUCCGGUGACUCCGUGUGUGACAGUGUGUUUGUGA